AUGUGUGUUCCAGGUUUGACGUCUGCUGUUGGUAGUUUGAGCCAGUUUUGGUUGUUGACAGACCCGCACCUGAAGUUCGUCCCACUUGGCGUGGAACUCUCUGGAAUCGACCAGCUGAACUGUGCCAGGAGUUGUCUACGUAACAGCUCUUGCUAUACGUUUGCGUUUAAUGACGCGCUUCACGCCUGCACGCUAGGUUCCUGGCCAGUACGGUCCAACACAACCACAGUCCACGUCAACACGUUUGCUACACACCUGUGUAACCCAGUGGCCCAGUUCUCACUCUACCAGAGCGGUGACGUCAGGCUCUGUGUUCGAGCCUCGCCUGGUGGGGACAACUUCCCCAACGGUCAGGCAGCUUGCAAAGCGUUCGGUGCAAUCAUGUAUACAACGAAGACUCCUGAGAAAAUGAAUCUACUGAAGACUAUAGGGAAACAAUACAAUGAUAUGUUCUGGGUAGGUUUGACCGAUAUCGAAACAGAAAACGUUUUCAAGUACACCGACGACGGGUCAGUCUUAUCCGACAGUUGGAGGAAGGCCAUUUUUGGUCCAGGAGAGCCCAACGGAGGGACGGGGGAUAACUGUGUGUACUGGGAUAGGACGACCACUCUACUCAUGGACGAUACCUGUUCUGAUGGGUACCGGUUCUUGUGUGAGAUGCCGGUCCUGUUUUAA